AAAUGGGGCUGUGCUGCUUAUAAUACGGACAAGGAUACUUGGGCCAUGACACUGCUUCCAUCGGGACAUCAGGUGGCACUGCAAGCCACUCUGUCGGUAUAUAAAUUGAAUGCGUUCAGGCUAGUCGUGCCAUCUCGCCAUCGGUUUCCUUCGAGUGUGUCCUGCAUCUCGACUUGCACGUCUACCGCUGAGGAGGGCCAUCCAUAUAACGCCUCAUACCUGGACACUAAUUCGACAGCUUAUGGAGCCUCCCGGUGAUUUGCCUGUCCCGCAAUCUGGACCCCCCAAUGUAAUUGACGAUGCCACAGCUACAAUCAUCUCGGAGUUCAUGAACUCAUUCAAGGAUAGAAUACCUGCGAAUGUGACUCCAAAGCUGGAGGCGCUUAUCGCAUCCCGCAAGGCGAAGGUACACAUACUCGAACACUGCAACAAGGACCAAAUCACCGAAAUCAUGAGCAAUUUGGACAGGGUUUUGCCCUUUUACAAUCCAAAUCAUGUGUUGGCCAGAAGGAGCCUACGCUUCCUGAGGAAGAUAUGCGCGACGAAAGGGUGUUGCCCGCCUUCCCUGUUUCUACCUCAAGGCAGCGUGGAAUUCGAACAGCCUCGUCACGUUGGGUUGGGUACUUUUGGCAUUGUUUACCGAGGACGGUUGAACCAGACUCAACUCGUCGCCAUAAAGCUUCUGAGGAGUCACCUCCAGAGGGAAGAUGGUGUGAUCAGCGGCGUAGUGUCGAGCUUCCCUAAAGAAGCAAUCGUAUGGAAACACCUUGAGCAUGACAACAUCGUCCCCUUUCUAGGUGUUGACCGUGGUGACGACCAAAACACUCAUGGCCUAGUAAGCCUGUGGAUGGAUCAUGGGCAAAUCGGGACCUAUCUGAACACCGAAGCGGGACAGAGGGCCGAUCGGCGUGAACUUAUCAUGGACGUGGCAAGGGGAUUAAGUUACCUGAACGAAAUCAGCAUCGUGCACGGCGAUUUGAAAUGUGCAAAUAUCCUCGUUGACGCUGCCGGUCACGCCAGGCUAGCUGAUUUUGGGUUGUCUGUGGUCAUGCGUGGCGUGGACAGCACCCAUCACAAGGUCGAUUCAGAGAAAGGAGGAGGCACCAAACGCUGGAUGUCUCCAGAGCUGCAUCGCGAGCGGCCUGCUCUCCGGACUGCUCAGAGCGACAUCUAUGCCUUCGCCGUGGUUAUGCAUGAGAUAUUCUCGGGCGGUAUACCGUUCCCACUAAUCUACCACAACACCGAGGUCAAAGAACAGGUAGUAGCCAACGGAAUGCGGCCAGAUCGUCCGACGAACGCAGAGGAUGUCGGACUGACGGAUAGGGUCUGGAACCUCAUGACAGACUGUUGGUCUUCUGAGCCGGAGCAUCGUCCAUCUAUAUGCUUUGUCCUCAAUGAGCUCGCCAAAUCCUUCAAUUUGCCAGUUGCGCCAGCUGCUCUUACCGCCGGCCCCAACAACGCCUCGCUUGACCCUGCACAACUUUACAAACAGCCAGCCCUAGCAUUGCAACCCCACCCAGCCCUAGCAUUGCAACCCCAGCCAGCCCUAGUAUCCCCCCCUCCCAUUGCAACCCCAGCCGAAUCAAGCGGUACCCAACCAGUCCGUCGGGCACAUACGGCUCCUAUGCGGUUCAAUGCGCGCGCUCGUUAAUCGCUCGCUCGAGUUAACCGUUCAUCCUGGCCUGGGACGAGGCCGGCGUUCACUGCACCGAUAUCCGUUCCGUGAACCCGACGGUUCUGCGCUGUCCUCGACUGCUCUCUCCCAACGGACUCCUACCAACACGUUAUGAUUUGGACUUGUCAUACUCGCUAUACACGCUGCCCCUUCCUCGCUAUCCUUCUUGUUGCCAAUACCGCAAUCGUCGCUCUGCUAUCCACACAAUGCCCUUUCCUUGUUAUUCUUCUUGUUGCUAGCCCUGCAAUCGCCGCUCUGCUCUCUACGCUGUUGAUGUUGUCCUUUCCCCACUGCAAACGGCUUUAUCAUACUCUGUCGUGUGUUUGUAAUUUUGCUAUCCCGUUAUUUACGCUGUCCCCGCUUGCUUGUAUGCCUGCCGUUCCACUCGCUUCCAUUAUGGACUAGAUAUAUUGAGCUAUAUACACGCGUCAAAGCUCAC